GUGCAGGUGGCAGUAUGUAGUAAAAAGAGGAAGCACGCUUUAUACACCAGAUGAGUGACUUUUAUGAGUUUGGUUGAGCUGGUUUACUGAAACAGAUUUUUUUCAUCAGCUGUUUACCAUUAAAGUUACAAUGGAGAGGAGCACAGGGACGGUUUCAGCGAUUAAAGCUUUAGGGUACCCGAGCAGUCGCUGCCUCACGCGGUGUAAAUGUGACGAACUUCCCUGUCCGCUGCUCACCUGGCUGACUGCAGAGCUGAGGACUCUCUGUCCAGAGCUACAAGACUCAAGCAGGACAGGUGACGUCUUGCUGGUGGGAGAGUUGAGAACUUUACUCACAAACAUUUUGUCUCCCCUCACCGUGCUGACCUCAGAGGUGAUGGGGCCGUCCAUCCUCAACAAAGUUACUGAAUUCCUUGUUUCGGAAUUGCAAGCAGCUCAAAUAAUAAAGCACAAGGAAUUGCAUCCCGAGGAGAAGACAACAGGAGAGGACUCUGAAAAAGAGCAGCGAGUUGAAGAUCACGGACAUGGACUCACUGAGUUUUGUCAGGAAUAUGAAGAUGAUGAUGACCAAGACAGAAGGAAGGCGGAGAUGCAGGCAGAAUGGAUAUUACUGCUGCACGCCCUUGACAUGGAUUCCUCCUCUCAAUUUACAGAUGUGUUGAGUGAUGUGGAGUCGAGGCUUACUCGUCUACCGUGUGGCGAAAUGACAAAGCCGCUUCUUAACAGCAGCCUCAGCCCAGAGCAGUGGGUGCAAGUUAAAAAGAUCAAUCAAGUUCUGUCAGUGGACUAUCAGUGUCGCCGACAAAUGAUGAUCAAACGUUUUCAAGUCACACUUGAGUCGUUCGCAUGGGGAGAAAAACAAAAGGAGCAAGGUGAAGCGCUGGCCUCAGUGCCUCCUCUUUCAUCCCUCUCUGGCUCCUCCCGAGUGUCCCCGUCUCUUCUGAUCGCCACCAGAGAGGAUCAGUCCUUCAUUGAGACAAACAAGGCUGCAACAAUCACCCCCAUCUACAAGACGUUGAUGGGCAGCGUGCCAGACAGAGGAGGACGACCAGGGGAAAUUGAGCCACCUAUGCCAGCGUGGAAAGGAAACCGAUCGGGACGAGGAGGCGGACAACAUCAACGACAUAGAUUUUCAGAUAAAAAGAAAGGGAAAAAAGUGUAACGUGUCUCUUACUGCUUGAUUUGAGAAAUAAGUGAUUUUUCUUUAUUUAAAUCUUUAUUAUGAAAUAAAAUAUGGCCGUGGAAGGCUAUAUAUGAUAUAAUUUUAUAUUUAGAAAGGUGUGCAUAAUUAUUAGUUGUAGUACAUCUAUAUACCUGAAUGUACUUUUCUUGAACAGCUUCUAAUUGCUACAAUUGGACCAGAUGUUUUUUUGUAAUGUUUUUGUUGAGAAAAAUAAUACUUUAUUUGAUUUUUUUAUGCGUUUGCUAAAGAAUAAACCUAUUAAGCAAUGUAUUGUUA